GGCCGGAUUUGAGAGUUUUCCGGGUGUUAGCAGCUGCCGUUGGGUCUGCUGCUCCUGUCGUUCAUGUCCGAUUUAUGGAUUCCUGUCUUCGGUUCGGCCCCUUGGGCCGCUGUCUACUCCGUCUCUUUCUGGCGGUGGCCGUUGCUGUAGCCCAGGGGCAGCCGCUCACCGAGGCUCCGGCUUCGGCACCGUCCGAGGCCGCCUGUGUCCGCGGGGUGAAGCCGAUCGCAGUGCCCGGCUCGCCGGCGGGAGGAGGCGGCGGCUUGGAAGCGGUCGUGGAGGACGAUGAGGCGGAGGAGAGUGAUACGAGCGGGGAAGAUCAGCUCAGAUCCCUGGUUAUUGUAAGUAUGAUGGAUGGUCGCAUUGCAGCAUUGGAUCCAGAGAAUCAUGGAGUCAAGCGCUGGGAGCUUGAUGUGGGUGCUGGUUCUUUAGUCUCAGCCAGUCUCAGCAAACCUGAGGUCUUUGGGAAUAAAGUAAUAAUUCCGUCCCUGGAUGGAGAUCUUUUCCAAUGGGACAGAGACCGGGAGAGCAUGGAGACCGUUCCUUUUACAGUGGAAUCCCUGCUGGAAUCUUCCUACCGAUUUAGUGAUGAUGUGGUCUUGGUUGGAGGGAAGUCACACACAAGCUAUGGGUUGGAUCCGUAUACUGGAAAGAUGCGAUAUAUCUGCUCGGCAGCAGGCUGCCGCCGCUGGGAAGAGGAAACUACUGAGCAGGAUUCGGGUAUCUUGCUGCUGCAGCGUACGCAGAAAACUGUCAGGGCUGUGGGACCUCGAUCUGGUGCUGAGAAAUGGAACUUCAGUGUUGGGCACUACGAGCUAAGGUUUAUUCGAGAUGCAGCAACGAAUAUCAACUACAUUGAGAGUAGUUCCACUGCUAGCAGUAAGAAUGGUCGAUCGGCGACAUUCUCUGAAUGGGACCAGGGUGCCACUGUGAAAGAUCGCAUCAUAAAAGUCUCCGUGUCGGACUGGAAGGUGAUGUCUUUUAGCAGUAAACGAGGUGGCCAACUGGAGUGGGAACACCAGUUCUGUACUCCAGUGGCAUCUGCCUGGUUGGUGGAGGAUGGGGAAGUGAUCCCGGUCAGCCUGUUUGACGAUGCCAGCUAUUCUGCUAGCCGCAGCAGUGAGAUAGAAGAUGAGGAAGAUCUGGUGGAGGCCGCAAGAGGAGCAGCAGAGACGUCCGAGUCUGGAGUCUAUCUCGGCAUGUACAAGGGACAGCUGUACAUGCAGUCAUCUGUCAGGCUGUGUGAAAAAUUCCCAUUGAUGCCCCCCCUUGAGGACCACGGGGACAACCAAGUUGCGUCCUUGCCUAAUGUCAGAUGGAAGCCUCUAAUCCAUUCACCAGCUCGAACACCAGCAUUGAUUCGGUCGGAUGAGCAUGAUAAAUGUCUCAGCAAUGAUAGACACUCUCAUGAUGAAUAUAGUAAUGGAGCUCUGUCAAUUUUACAGUAUCCGUACGAUAAUGGUUUUCAUUUGCCUUACUAUGUGCGAGAGAAAAACAAGCGUGGCACCCAGGUUUCCAUCAAAUUCUUUGACUCAACAAGGACCAAGAAGAAAAUCACAAGGAAGGACCCCAUUCUCCUGCUGGAAUGGUGGAGGGAAAUUGCUUUCACCAUCCUUGGCUGCAUUGUUGCAACCACUUAUGUGGUCCAUAAACUCAUCCGAUAUCCAGCUUCAGUCAGGCAGGAUGAAGAUUGGCUAAGACAGUGGCCUGUCACUGUUGUCUGUUCUGUGCAGAAAAGGGAAGAAUUGGAGUCUCCGUGUCGGACUAACAGCACAAGUGAGGUGCCUGUGGGAGAAGUUAAGGUUGAGUUGAUGAAUUGCAGUGGGACUGCUGACUAUGUGUCCAGAUGCCUUACUGACUUUGAAUUGGUCCAGUGUCUUGGACGUGGAGGAUUUGGUGUUGUGUUCGAGGCAAAAAACAAAGUUGACGAUUGUAAUUACGCUAUCAAGAGGAUACGACUCCCGAAUCGAGAUCAAGCACGGGAGAAGGUGAUGCGGGAGGUAAAGGCACUGGCUAAGCUGGAGCAUCCGGGCAUCGUCCGUUAUUUCAACUCCUGGCUGGAGACACCACCUGAAGGCUGGCAGGAGGAGAUGGACAAGCAACUGCUGAAAGAUGAAGGCACUGAUUGGCCAGCGAGUUCUCCAGAUGUUCCCUCUGUGAACCGUCUAAAGCUUCCUAUUGCAGCAACCUGUUUGGGUAGUUCGUCUUCGGUGAAGUUUAGUUCCUACUCUGUGAUCACUGCCAAUCAGACGUCGUCUUCAGAGCCAUGUGUGUGUUUGGACCUGCAUACAGACUUCAGCCAGUCUCUGGAACAGCCCCAGUGUUACCAGGAUAGUCUUCUGUCUGAGCGUGAAAGUGAAGGCAAUUCUGAGCUGGCACAUUCCUUUGAAUCAUUCCCUUCAGCUGCUGGCAGUCUUGUGAAGGAGGACAGGACCACAUCCUUUGAUGUGGUGUUUGAAGAUUCUGGCUGUGACCAAGCAUCUGAGCAUACACUGGACUUGGCACCCUUGUGUCACAAUAGAAGCAGUGGUGGGAGACAAACUACCGUUUCUCGGGAAGAGACGGCAAGUGGAACUGCGGGUCUGGUUUCCAGUGAUGCUUUAUCGCGUUCUCCACCAAGACCCACAUCAUUAAAUCUGGGCCAGUGUCACGAACCAGGGGAGAAAGCAAAAUCAAACUCACCUAAAGUUUACUUGUACAUUCAGAUGCAACUCUGCAGGAAAGAGACUCUGAAAGACUGGAUGAAUGGCCGAUGUCAGAUUGAGGACCGGGACCGGACUGAGUGUUUAAAAAUAUUUUUACAGAUGGCGGAUGCUGUCUGCUUCUUGCACACCAAAGGAUUAAUGCACAGAGAUCUUAAGCCUUCAAAUAUUUUCUUUACUUUGGAUGAUGUGGUGAAAGUGGGUGACUUUGGGCUAGUCACUGAAAUGGACCAAGAGGAAGAAGAGGGAUCCAUACUUACACCAAUGCCAGUGUAUGCUAGACACACAGGGCAAGUGGGCACUAAGCUCUAUAUGAGUCCAGAGCAGAUAUCUGGAAAUACUUACUCUCACAAAGUGGACAUCUUUUCUUUGGGCCUGAUCCUGUUUGAAUUGUUGUAUCCCUUCAGUACACAAAUGGAGAGAGUUCAGACAUUAACAGAUGUAAGAAAUUUGAAGUUCCCCUCUUUAUUUCUUGAGGACUAUCUUCAGGAGCAUGAAAUGGUGCGGCAAAUGCUUUCUCACGAACCAGUGGAACGUCCAGAGGCUGUGGACAUUGUCAACAACCCAUACUUCGAGAGCUUUGACAUUCCUGAAAGGCAGCUGCUGAGGCAGAGGUCACGGACACUCAGCUGCAAUGGAGUCAAGGCUGUGAGGGCAUCUGUCUCAUAACAGUGGACGUCAUCUGCUCAGCCUGCAGGUUCUUGAUCUCUGACACCUUCCAUUUCAAUUGUUACAAUGCAAUCAAUAUUUGAAAAAGAUGUCAAGGCACGUUCUGACCACUUUUACUUUGAAAAAAUUGUCAAAGGUCUUCAGGACCAAGUGAUGUGAUACUAAAGCCUCUCACCACGUUUUCUACUAUACAUCCAAACUGAUUCUUAACAUUUUUAAGAAAAUGUCUCUGCUUGGAGGAUUAUGUAUUUGAAGUAACAGGUGCAGAUAUACUGAUUUGAGGACUCAUUUUGUCUUGUGCACCACAGUUUCAGUUAAUUCUAUUCUAUAAGCACAUACUGUGCACUCCUCUCGUGGCUGCACGUGCACAGUAGAUCAGAUGCAUGCGUUUCAAAAGAAAGUGAAAACUGCAGUUUAGUUUGUGAAGAGGGAUGUGUGAUGCUCGUGGUGCUCCUAACUUCAUUGCAUCCUUAUGUCUAAGGGCAUUUGUCCAGCUUUCAACUGUAAGCCUGUAUUUUUAGAAACUGAAUCAACACUGCAAUGUGGAUUUGAAAGCAAUACCUGCCCCUCAACCACAAAGUUUUGGGAAUUGGCCUGACUGGACAUGGUGAAUGGUGAAGUUUAAAAUGUAUUUAUAGUGCUGUGAGGGCACAAUGGCAUAAGUACAUCUAUUAAUCAUGCUGUGCAAAUUUCAUAGUGAAAGAAAUUUGAGUUCUUAAUGCAAGCUGUAUCUUUACAUUUGACAUUUUGUUUACACUACUGUAUUGACUGAAGAUAUUUAAUUUCUUGUCCUGUAAAUAUCUUGCUUGAAUUUCUGACCAGCUAAGAAUAGAUGAACAUUCAGAAAUUUCCCAUGUUGUCAUGACACUUCUUUCUCCAACUCUUCAAUGCUUGAAUGGGUAAUGAUUUAGUUCUGUGCAGCAGUGAUCAGUUAAGGGAAGAAGGUCCCAGGCUCCGUUUCCAUUAGGGUUUGGUCAGCUGCUCUUAAUUGUAGUGCUACUACUUCAGCACCUUUUUGGGUUAUUCCAGUGAAAAUUCCAACCUGCAUAUCUGCAUCUGAUUUGGCAGAAGGCAUAUCCUUUACAUUUAGAUUAGAUUACUUAGUGUGGAAACAGGCCCUUCGGCCCAACAAGUCCACACCGACCCGCCGAAGCGCAACCCAAUUCAAACCCAUCCCCCGAGA